CUGGAGACUCAGAAACAGAAGGGUCCUCUCCCCCUGACCUGGCCCAAUUUCGAUAACGAAACCACUCUCCUUUUCUCUCGUCCUCUCUGGCCUCCCUACCUAAUAUCAACAAUAUCCACUCUGGUAAUUAGCAACCGUCGCUCUCCUUUCACACAAACUGCUCCGUUGCACGACCUGGACAUUCUUCAGCACCUGCAGCCCGACCGACGCAUCUUCAUGCUACCACUUCCAACAUCACUACCGCCACUGCAGACAGCGACACUCUCGCAUCAGGCCACUUAUCCGCCGCUUCAAGUCCUCUCCAUCUAAAAUCCGCUGUUAUACUCUACUGCAUGCCCCGAUAAUUCGCUAUUGGCUCCGCGAAAGGGCCCGCGUUCGUCUCCGACCAGGUACUACGGUGCUCCCGGCUGCUCGUGGCAGGAUCAAAAGGUGGCUAACAGCUACGGCUUCAAGAUUCUAUCCGUGCGGCUUCUGUGAAACCGUCGACAUAGCUUCCGGCAACUACGCGCUGCUCUAAUAGCUUUACGCCCAUAACCGACUAGAAACGUUCCAAAAUGGCCGUUACAAGCGACAGCACCCCUCGGGGCCAGCCUGCACAAUUAGCCCUCGAAGACCGAUUCGAAGUCCUCAAGGACAUUGGUGAUGGAAGCUUCGGCAGCGUCGUUCUCGCUCGUGUGAGAACUGCUGGUGCUUCUGUUGCCCGCAGAGGCUCAGUUGUUGCUAUUAAAUCCAUGAAGAAAUCCUUUGACUCGCUAGCACCCUGCCUAGAGCUUCGCGAGGUCGUCUUCCUCCGCACCAUCCCACCACAUGUACAUCUAGUCCCCGCCCUCGACAUCUUCCUCGACCCCUACAGCAAGAAGCUUCACAUUUGCAUGGAGUACAUGGAAGGUAACUUGUAUCAACUUAUGAAGUCCCGCGACCACAAGCCGCUAGACAACGCAAGCGUCAAGAGCAUUCUGUUCCAGAUUAUGCAGGGUCUCGAGCAUAUUCACAACAACCAGUUCUUCCACCGCGAUAUUAAACCCGAAAACAUCCUCGUCUCAACAUCUGCUCACCACGAUUCAUCAAGCUCUUUCCGCCGCUACUCCGCCCUAGUCACGCCGCCAUCUACUCCUCCUACCUACACAGUUAAGCUGGCAGACUUUGGUCUCGCUCGUGAGACACACUCGAAACUGCCAUACACCACAUACGUCUCAACGAGAUGGUAUAGAGCCCCCGAGGUCUUGCUUCGCGCUGGCGAAUACUCAGCACCGGUCGAUAUCUGGGCCGUCGGUGCCAUGGCUGUGGAAGUUGCAACGCUCAAGCCUCUGUUCCCUGGUGGCAACGAGGUUGACCAGGUUUGGCGUGUCUGCGAGAUUAUGGGCAGCCCUGGAAACUGGUACACCAAAUCGGGUGGCCGUGUCGGAGGUGGUGAAUGGCGCGAGGGUACGCGGUUGGCCAGCAAGCUUGGCUUCUCGUUUCCCAAGAUGGCCCCUCACCCCAUUGAGAACAUCCUCAAAGCCCCUCAAUGGCCUGCCUCGCUUGCUCACUUCGUUACCUGGUGCUUGUUGUGGGAUCCCAAGAGCAGACCUACGUCGGCGCAAGCUCUUGCCCACGAGUACUUUGCUGAUGCCGUCGACCCAUUGAGACCCAAGUCAUCGGCGUCGCGCAUCCUGGGCCGCAAGCAAUCAGAUAUCGCUCGUCCUAUCCAGGAGAAGGAGAAGAAGGAGCCAGCAAUUGUCUCAUCCCGAUCCUCUUGGUUCCGCAAGUCCAUCAUUGGCCGCAGCGAGACCCCAGACAUUACCGCUGCCAAGGAUACGGCCAGCCCUAAGCCUGCUGCGGUCCAAGCCGCUAUCAACGCUGAGGCAAAUGCAGUCAAGCGCUCGCCUAGCAAACGCACAACCUGGACCAAUGGCAUCACCAACGGUGCCCCAAUGCCUAUCCUCCCAUCCAUUCGCCCAAUUUCACCACUCUCCGACACCGUUAACGCCAAGGCCAACCAGAGCGAUGCUGCUGCCGCUGCAGCGGCUGCUAUUGCCAAUGCCAACAACCAGGAGAAGAAGAAGCUCGGUAGACAACUCUCUGUUGCAUCCAGCACAAACAACUACAACACUGAGAUGCAUCGUCAGCAGGCUGAACGUGCCCUGAAUGGACAGACAGGAUUGGUCUCUCCCCCUAGCGCACACAAGGAAAGCUUCUUCUCGCAUCUCCGUAAGCGCGCUCGUCGUUUCUCGGGCCGUCACCAGACGCCAGUUUCGCCUGCAUUCGACAGCAUGGAUGCCCAGGUUGGUUGUGGCCCUUGGCCAACCAACAGUAACAGAAACUCCAUUAUGAGUGACCAGCAGUUCACUUCGAUCCCCAGGAACGAAACCCAUGAGUCCCUUGAUAAAACCCUCAAGGAGGACAACCGAGUGCCGGUUCCUCAGAUUGCCGCUGCCACCAAGCUAAAGCGACACCACUCUUUGCCUCAACAACAGGCUCGUUCCGUUGAUAAUCUCAUCGGUGCUGCCCGUGGAGGCCCCGUGUCCAGCAGAACCCGCCGCUCGCAAGCAUUUUAUGGUGCCCAGCAAUAUGAAGCCCCCGAUGAGGCGGAUGAGCUUCUCGAUGAAGUUCUCACCUCUACCCACGGAGCUCUCACCCGACUGGAGACCGAGAACCGCAAGCCGCUCCGCCAAUCUGUCAGCAACCUGGGCUUGUCCAGCCCAACGCAUGCUUACCCAAGCCCAUCACCCUCGGCUAGCGGUAGCCAAGUCAUGUACACCGACGGCCACGAAGCACUUACUCCUAAGCCGUUGGCGCUGAACAAGAAGGUCAACUCACAAUACAAAUGGCCAACCCCUCCUUACGAAGGCGAUGAAUGGGCCGGCACACAAACCAACCUCUGGGCCGCCGGCAACCGUGCCUAAUCUUCGAACUGCAUCCUAUCCAGCUCCUUAGAGCUUUAACACCUGACGAUCUUUCGAUUCCUAUUACUUUCAUAUCUGUUCUAAUAUCUCGCUCUUUACAUCUUUCCUUUCGAUUCAUUUCGCUUCAACCUAGCAGCAGCCUGCAUAUGCACAUAAUACCCCAUAUAGACAGAACACAGCGAAGAGCCUACUAUUUUUCAACCAUUUUCGAGAAUCAGGUUACCAGAGCCUGUCUCAUUUCAUCUUCUUUUUUUUCUGCAAGCAUCGCGACAUGCAACCAACAUCUUUUUGUUUCAUUUGUUUUUUUCUCUAUUUCAUCGAAUCUUUGAUCUUGCAGAAAAGGAUCACAAGACGGGAGUCACCGGCGUUCUUGUUGUUGCGGAAUAUGUAAUAUUUUCUCGGCGCAGAGUUGCAUAGAAUGUUUGCGUAUUGGCUUGGGCAAGAUUUCCUCGAGCUGCAUGAGCUCCGGGAAACACCCUAUUCAAGCUGCUUUUUGCAACAGACUUGGGAAGCCUUUCGCUACUGGGCACUUUGUGAAUCGGCGUUUUCGACAAGCUGGACUUGGCAACUUGUUAUGUAUGAAUCUUGGGCACUUUGCACCAUUUUGGCUUUCUAUUAUAGCUACAUACUUAAUUAUCAAAAGAGGAGGCUAGGAAGUAUUUUUUUCUCUUUUCUCAUUUAUAGGACACAUGGGCGUGGGGUUUUUUUGCAAGCCCCUGCGUAUCAAAAAGACGAAUAGACAAUGUUGGUUAUUCUGCA